GCCGUCGCAUGGGCACUUGUUUUUGAAAGGAGAGAUACGGGGUUCAAAUCAAACAAGCACUGCUAUCUUCCAACCCUCAAAGAGCCCUCGGGCACAAAGAAAAGGUCAUGGGCAGGAAAGGUCGAAUGAUGCGCAGUCACUUCUCGCUGGGACAGGCCAGCUGAGGAAGCACCCCAUCCUGCCAGCUGAUUCGUCUCGUUUUCAGCUUCGAUAUUGAAUAAAGCUUAUAAUAGUUCUCGAACCUGGGCAAAAUGGCCAUUACUUUCCUAGUCCCAUCUCUCCCACCUCAAGUGCACUCACUCACUCACAAUUGCAUCCUCCUAACAUGACGUCAUCCAGGCGGCGCCGCGCACCCGUCCACAGCUGUUUUCCAGGCUACCUACCAAACGACGGCCCCCUCCACUUUAGAGCCGCUCAUAAGCCGAGGACUGAUGCACUUGUUUCUUGAUGGGACGUUAUACAGUUCAUGCACCCGACAAAGCCAAUGACGACCCCUCGAGAAUAUCUGCUACCUUAAGGGUCUCGAGGAAUCCCAGUCCCCCGUCCCAGCUCCCGUCCCCCGCCAACUCGCCAACUCUUUGCGAAUUUUGAACCUAUUCCCGAACGGAAGUCGGCACGUCCACAUGUCCAGUCUUCUUGGUGUUGUGCCUCUGCCUUGUUCCCUUGAACUUGCUCGCCUAACCCGGCCGUCAUCAUCGCACGACAUCCCGCCGCCCACACCAGAUGCCAACCUCUUGAAGAGAGGGACUAGCCUUAAAACCGGCCUUUCCCCAAUCACUAACUAACCACCUUUCAGCACCUGCUUGUCAAACAAUCUGAGAACUGCCACCAUCACAACAAUGGCCCACUCAUCUGCUACUGGUAAAGUCUCUGGCGAGCAUCGCCACAGCCUGGGGGACAAGAUCAAACUCCCAUUUCAUGAUCUCAAGGCCAAACUUAGCCACAACCACCAUCUUCACGAUACCAAGGUUCACAUGGUUCACACGAAGCAUAAAAUUGGCAAGUUUGCAAACUUGUUCAAUCCCGAGCAUCGCCAUGAUGAGGAGCAUGAGAAAGCCUGUGACGAGAAACGCGCUAGGAUAGCUGAGUCCCACCGUUUCGACUCGUAUUUCCCUGAAAGAGAGGGCAAUAUGGUCAAGUGGUAUGUAGAUGGACGGGACUACUUUUGGGCAGUGUCAGUCGCCCUCGAGAAGGCCAAGGAAACCAUCUACAUUGCGGACUGGUGGCUGUCCCCCGAACUCUUUUUACGCCGGCCUCCUUACUUCAACAAGGAAUGGCGUCUAGACCAAGUGCUAAAACGUCGAGCCGAAGCUGGGGUCAAGAUCUACGUCAUGGUCUACCGAGAAGUCCAGGCUGCUCUCACUUGCAACUCGGAGCACACAAAGCAUGCGCUCCAGGCCUUGUGCCCUGAAGGCUCUCCUGGCUACGGCAACAUCAAAAUUAUGCGUCACCCAGAUCACAACGUGCUAGAGAACGCGGCCGACAUGACUUUUUACUGGGCUCAUCACGAAAAGUUGAUCGUUAUUGACUACGAGAUGGCCUUCAUUGGCGGGUUGGAUCUGUGCUUUGGGAGAUGGGACAGCCACAACCAUGCUCUCUCCGACUUGCAUCCAGAGGGUGUCAGCAACGAAGUCUGGCCCGGUCAAGACUUCAACAACAACCGGAUCAUGGACUUUAAGAACGUUGAUGACUGGAAACAAAACGAGCUGAGCAAAGCAGAGUCAGGAAGGAUGCCUUGGCAUGAUGUUGCCAUGGGGGUGAUUGGGCCCUGCGUCUACGACAUCGCCGAACAUUUCGUUCUCCGCUGGAAUUUUGUCAAGCGAGACAAGUACAAAAGGGACAAGCGGUUCGAGUGGCUCGAGUUGAGAAGUCGGCAGGGAGAGGAUGAAGAUCUUGUGGGCGUGCAAAGGCCCAAGCACCCUGUCGGUGGUUAUGUUACCCAUCCGCUCUCACCCAUGGAAACAAAGCAUCUUGACCAUCGGGGGAGUGUUCAUGCACAGAUCAUCCGGUCUAGUGCCGAUUGGUCAAGCGGCAUUCUCACUGACCAUUCCAUUCAGAACGCUUAUUCCGACAUCAUUCGCAACGCCAAGCAUUACGUGUACAUCGAAAACCAGUUCUUCAUCACAGCGACAGGCGACCAGCAGAACCCCAUCCACAACGUAAUCGGCCGUGCCAUUGUAGAUGCUGUAGUGAGUUCUGCCAAGGAGGGCCGCAAAUUCCGCGUCAUGAUCCUCAUCCCAGCAGUGCCCGGCUUCGCCGGAGACCUGCGAGAGGACGGAGCCAUCGGGACUCGAGCCAUCAUGGAUUACCAGUACAAGUCAAUCUGCAGGGGCGAGCACAGCAUCUUUGAACAGAUCAAGAAGGAGGGUGUCGAUCCAACGAAGCACAUUUUCUUCUUCAACCUGAGAAGUUAUGACCGUCUUAACAGGACGUCAGCCAUCAAGAAGCAAGAGGAAGAGUCGGGAAUCAAGUACCAGGAACUGCAGCGUGCUGAAGCUGAGGAGGUGAUGGGCGAGGGUAUCCACGGCACAAUAGACACGGAUGGUGGUCGUGACAGCCAUAUGGGUCACAGGAGUGAGCAACAUGGUGGUCAGGCGCGGACCGUUCAUGGUGAGAUGCCAGUUAAUUUGGAGCAGGCAAGAGAGAACUCAGUUGGUGAACGAGAUACCGAUAUCAAGCGGCGAUUUGAAGCAGCCAAGAAUGGAGACAUGGGUGUGAACUCUCCUGUAAGUGUUGCUCAUUACGCCAUGGCCAAUCAAGGGAAGUUGUCAGAGGUUCCUUGGGAUGGAGACGAGGAGGAUGAGGUCAAUCACUGGGUCCAGGAGGAGUUGUACAUUCACGCCAAGCUUCUCAUCGUCGACGACCGCAUCGUCGUCUGCGGAUCCAGCAACCUGAAUGACCGAAGCCAAUUAGGCUAUCACGACAGCGAAUUGAGCAUUGUCAUGGAGGAUACAAAGACGUUUCAGUCCACCAUGGACGGCAAGCCAUACGAGGCCGGCUGGCAUGCUGCCACCCUUCGGCGGUAUCUCUGGCGCGAACACCUCGGCCUGCUUCCGCCACAGGAUCUUGACGGCAGCGAUGACCCGAAUGCACAACCGCCCGGCGACGACUCGCCCAACGAUGUGGGAGAUCAAGAUGAUUCUUGGAAUUUUGUGGAGGAUCCCCUGAGCGAUGAGCUCUGGGAGAUGUGGACGUCCCGAGCGUCGAAAAACACUGAGGUAUUCCGGCAGCUAUUCCAUGCCGACCCAGAUGAUCACGUCAAAACGUUUGAUGAUUACAACGGUUACAUGCCGCCCAAGGGCGUAAAGGCAGGACACAUUUUCGAUCGCAUGAUACCUGGUCACGAAGUCAGACAAAAGCUAGACCAAAUCAAGGGCCACCUCGUCUGGAUGCCAUUAGAAUUCUUGCGCGACGCGCCGAUGGCGGAAAAGGGCUUGCAAGUAAAUUCGUGGACAGAAAGUGUUUAUACAUAA